AUGCGGAAAUCACGCCGGAGGACGAAGCUUAGCUCACAAGACUCUAACCACGGGGCAUUAUUGGCCCACCAUGAAAAAGAUGCAAUUGCCUUUGCCAGGAAAUGCGACUCUUGUCAGCGGUUCGCAUCCAUCUCUCACCAACCUUGUGAAGUGCUCCAUCCCAUCCUGUCCCCCUGGCCCUUCAUGAAGUGGGGGAUGGACAUAGUAGGCCCCUUACCGCAGGCAUCAGGGCAGUGUGUCUUCAUGUUGGAAAUGACUGAUUACUUCUCCAAGUGGAUUGAGGCAGAAGCAUUCAGACGAGUCCGAGACACUGAGGUAAUUUCAUUCAUCAAGCGAAACGUCCUCAGUCGGUUCGGGAUCCCUCUGAGAUCGUCUGCGACAACGGUUCUCAGUUCAUCAGCAUCAAAACUAAAGAAUUCUGCAGCAGAUACAACAUCACCUUGCAUACCUCAACACCACGGUACCCUCAAGCAAAUGGCCAAGCUGAAUCAAGUAACAAAAUCAUCAUCAACAACCUCAAGAAGCGUCUUGACGACGCCAAGGGAAGAUGGGCUGAGGAACUACCUAUGA